AUGUACUGUGGUGGAUCCAGAUUGGUGAUCAAUGUCCUCCCCACGGAACGCUGGGCUCCAUUUUCCUUGAAGUCCGUGUCCUUAACUUGUAAGUUACUUCGCACCCUCCAAAAAGCUACAAACAGAACUAAAGAAAUCCACCACCACAAACACCACGCCGCCGCGGCCAUGUCCUCCGCCUCCCCCUCUACCGCCAUAUCCCGCCUCUUCAACAACCAUUCCUACUGGUGUCACGCAUGUGACAUGAGCAUCGGCCUUCCUCCUUCCCCCACUCCAAAUGCCCUCCUCUGCCCUCACUGCCACCACGAUUCCCUAGAACAAAUGGACUCUUUUGCCCCUUCCUCCACCAUUGACUCCCAUACGCAACCCAUUUUAACAGCCCCAGAUGAUGACUUCCUCCUCACCAGCCCCUACCUACACAGCCUCAUCCACCACACCGCACCCACCGCCAAUUCCCACUCAAACUCUGCCCCUAAAUGCGCCAUAGACUCCCUCCAACAAAUUACCAUCACCCAAGAAUUGCUCGAUGAUGACCCGAAUAUGCUGUGCCCGAUUUGUAAGGACCCGUUUCACAUAAAUGCUUCGGUGAAAGUGAUGCCCUGUAAGCAUACCUAUCACGCGGAUUGUAUCGUUCCGUGGCUCGAGAUUAAUAAUUCUUGCCCGGUUUGCCGGUUUAGGUUGCCAACGGAUGAGGAGAAGUAUGGGGAGGGGUCGGAUGGUGAGGAGAGAUAUGUGGGGGUAGAUUGGCUCGAGGAAUUGAUGGAUGAUGAGGUGGAUUUGUUGGGUUUUAGGAAUACUCUUAGGCACAUUGCGAGGAGGCAUCAGAGGGAUGAAGAGGGUAUGAUGGAAGAAAAUAUUGCUAGUGGGAUUGAGGCGAAUCUGUUCUCCCCAACACAAACUGGGGAAGAUGUGAGAGAGGAGGGAGUUUUGGAGAGGGAGAAUACUGUGGAGCCUGUGUUGAGUUGGCCAAGAGGGAUAGUGGAGGAAGGAACCGGCGGCGGUGGACGUAAUGAUGAUCUUCUGUUGUGACAAUUCGAAGGUUUGGAGGUGUUGUAUAGUCAUCAAGGUUACCCAAAGGGUAUUGUAUCACCAAAAAUGAUUCUGCCAAGUGUAAAUUUUGCCAUGGACGACCAUGCUUCUGUUUGAUGACAUAGAAAAAGUGCACGUCUUGGCCCUUUUUCCCCCCAUUCUGCCCCUUCUACCCUCCCUGUUCUUCAUUGGCAUAAAGCAAAAUCAAUGCUUGUAAUUUGUCAACUUUAUGCUGUAUAUGUUGGUAAGCAAUGACCAAAUAAUGUUGUGCUUAUUCAGUUAUGAUUUCAGUGCUUUUGUGAUGCUA